AUGACAGUCGAAGCAAAAACGUUCACGAACAAAUCUAAUGGCGAAACAUUCACAAAAGGCACUUACAACGGUAUUGAAGUCUUACGUAGAGACAAGGAUGGUUAUAUAAAUGUAACAAAGAUGGCAAGAGAAGCAGGAAAGUUAAACCAUUUAAACAGAUUUCUCAAUAGUGCUAAAAUGGAGGAAAUUCUUGAGUUUUGGUUGAAAGAAUACGGUCGAGCCAAAAGUGGCUCGACCUCAAAACAAGCAUUUUAUGAGCUUACUAAGGGCGUUAUGAAUGAAUUCAAAGGUAUUUACAUACAUCCUGACCUCGUUCAUUUUGUUGCUGAAUGGUGCUCUGUAAAGUAUGUAUUUUAUGUCAAAGAUAUUAUGGACUCCAUAGACAAGAAAGUUCAUGAGAAAUUAGAUGAAGAAGAACUUGAAGAUACAGUAGAGAAUGCAAAACCUUUGUUUGAACAAGAAGUUAGAAAAAUGCAUGAAAAACAAAUAGAACAUGAACGUGAGAUAUGUUCUG